AUGUACGUGAGGCAAAUGGCUGUACAGGAGAUAAUCUAUACAGGUGGCCAGAUGCCUCUGGACCCUGGUGAUGUCUGCAUGAAGCCAGCCCUCUUAAAGAAACUGACCCAGUGUGCCCCUUCCACAUACACACACACACUGGGAGCACUGCUGUUGGGCAGAGACCCCAACAAUCUUCCAACGAUCAGGGAAUUUGUUAAUGAUGUGAGGCAGUACGAAGACAGUGUCUCCAGAAAGGCCCUGAUCUCAGCUGUGGAAACCCUUACCCAAGAGAAGCAUGAGCUGAAGGCCUCUGUCUCUGAAUUGCAGAAGGCAGAGGAUGAUUACUCCUCACCUUCUGAAUGGAGAGAGGCAAAAGCCCACUUGGAGCUCAGGCUGGCCACGGCUGUGAAGGAAAAUAAAAAGUGUUUCUUUAAAUAUAUGAAUGGCAAGAGAAGGGCCAAGGACAACCUUCAUUCCUUGUUAGAUAGAGAGGGGAACAUAGUGACAAAGGAUGAGGAAAAGGCAGAGGUGCUUAACACCUUCUUUGCCUCAAUCUUCACUAGACCAGUACAGUCCCCCUCUGAUCCAUGUGAAGCAGUAAGGGACCUGCUGCGUCAUUUGGAUCCUCACAAGUCCAUGGGACCGGAUGAGAUCCACCCUAGGGUGCUGAGAGAGCUGGCAGCUGAGCUGGCCAAGCCACUCUCCAUCAUUUAUCAGCAGUCCUGGCUCACUGGAGAGGUCCCUGAAGACUGGCAGCUGGCCAAUGUGAUUCCCAUACACAAGAAGGGUCGUAAGGAGGAGCCAGAAAACUACAGACCUGUCAGCCUGACCUCAGUGCCAGGCAAGGUCAUGGAACAGGUCAUCUUGGGUGCCAUCACAAAGCACCCACAGGAUAGCCAAGGGAUCAGGCCCAGACAGCAUGGGUUUAGGAAGGGCAGGUCCUGCCUCACCAACCUGAUCUCCUUUUAUGAUCAGGUUACCCGCCUGGUGAAUGUGGGGAAGGCUGUGGAUGUAUUCUACUUGGACUUCAGCAAAGCCUUUGACACUGUCUGCCACAAGAAGCUCCUAGCCAAGCUGGCAGCUCAUGAUUUGGACAGAUUCACUCUGUGCUGGAUCAAGAACUGGCUGGAUGGCAGAGCUCAGAGAGUGGUGGUGAAUGGUGCCACAUCCAGUUGGCAGCCAGUCACUAAUGGUGUUCCCCAAGGAUCAGUGCUGGGCCCAGUCCUGUUCAAUAUCUUUAUUGAUGAUCUGGACGAGGGGAUCGAGUCCAGCAUCAGUAAGUUUGCAGAUGACACCAAGCUGGGAGCAGGUGUUGAUCUGUUGGAAGGUAGGAGAGCCCUGCAGAGGGACCUGGACAGGCUGGAUGGGUGGGCAGAGACCAACAGGAUGAGAUUUAACAAGGCCAAGUGCAGGGUUCUGCACUUUGGCCACAACAACCCCAAGCAGCACUAUAGACUGGGGACUGAGUGGCUGGAGAGCAGUCAGGAGGAAAGGGACCUGGGGGUACUGAUAGAUAGUAAGCUGAAGAUGAGUCAGCAGUGUGCCCAGGUGGCCAAGAGAGCCAAUGGCAUCCUGGCCUGUAUCAGGAGCAGUGUGGCCAGUAGGUCAAGGGAGGUUAUUCUUCCCCUGUACUCAGCACUGGAUCUGUUUACUCAUCCAGGCUGGUCACCUUCCCUGCCCGCUCAUCUUUCGGCGCAUGGGAACUGCCAGCUCCUGUGCCUUCAGGAGCUCCUGUUUAAAGUAGGUCCAACCAUCCUGGACCCCUUUUUUCUCAAGGACUGCUGCCCAGGGGACUUUGGAUAUAAGUUUCUUGAGGAAACUGAAGUUUGCCCUCCGAAAGUCCAAGGGUAUUUCAAAGACCCAAAAGGGAGCAAGUGGGCAUUUGGUAUAACAGCUGUAGAGACUGCCGUUAAAGAGCUGCUGUCUAUCAUACCUGGCUUGCCAGAUAACCCUUCCAUGGUUGGUACUCACAAGGUAGAGGAUGCCAAGUUACCCAUUGCUUCUUGUGUAGUUCAUCGUAGGCAAUACCGCACCAACAGAGACUCCCUGCUGCCCAUAUGGCAGCUGAUUCAUCGCCUGGAGCAGCAGCUUGUCAUCAGCAAGAGCCACUCACCCUUCAACAGCCCAAUACGGCCAGUGCAGAAGGAGAAUGGGGAAUGGAGAUUGACUGUGGACUUCAGAGGCCUGAAUGAAGUGAUUCCUCCAAUCAGCAUAGCUGUGCCUGACAUGCUGGAGCUCCAGUAUGGACUGGAAUCAAAGGAGGCCAAAUGGUAUGCAACAACUGACAUUGCUAAUGCCUUUGUCUCCAUCCCCAUUGCAGAGGAAUGUAGACCUCAGUUUGCCUUCACCUGGAGAUGA